AUGACUGCAAGCGCGACACUCGCCUUCACCGGCUUCAUCCCUGUCCCAACUGUACUCGAUUCAGACCAAGAGUACAACCCCUUUCCUCACGUCGUGGCGCCCUAUGUUGGAGCAGUAUUUAUGGAAACCUUCCUUUAUGGAAUUUGCUGUGUUUUAUUCAGCAUCUGCGCCUACGUCCUCAUCCGCCGACAGAAAGCCCUUCACUGGGUCCUCCUCGUCUUCGCCAUCGCCAUGUUCGCCCUUGCAACUGCCGACAUGACAUAUACCUUUUACAUCUUCUUCUCGAAGAUCUUGUCGGGAGGGCUGACGUUCAACACCCUGUACCCCAAAUACGUGAUGUUCGUGACCAAUACUGUUCUAGCCGAUACGCUACUGCUCUACCGAUGCUAUGUGGUGUGGGGAUCAAGAAAACGGAUCAUUGCUGGUCCCGCUGUCCUGCUCGUGGCCGCCACAGUCUGCGGCUAUCUAUUCGAAGGAGCUUCAAUACACCUAUUCAAACACGCUUGGGUUUACCUAGCACUCACCUUCUCGCUCAACGUCAUCUUGACCGGUUUGACUGCUGGAAGGAUCUGGUACAUCUCACGUCGUGCAAAGGGCAUUGUGGGCGAUGGUCUGCUUAAGCGAUAUAAUGCCAGUAUCGCAAUCCUUAUCGAAUCUGGCAUGAUCUACUCGGUUUACAUGACCCUCGACCUCGCAUUCCACAACAACGCCUCAGCCAGUGCAAUCCUCGAUGCCGGUCUAAUUCAAGUAGUCGGUAUUGUCCCAACUCUUAUCAUUGUCCAAGUAGGACUUGGCCGCGCCGUGCACGAGAUCGAAGAGGAGGCCCAAUCCCGGAUGGAGUCGAGCAAAGCUCACAAUAGCCGGUCAUUCAGCUUCGACGGCGCCGCGCGCACCCAACGUUCCUCUCUCAACUCGUCUCAUGGCAUCCGGAGCCACCGCGGCUCCAACGCAACCCUCAGCCCCGAGCUCGCCGAGCACCGUCGGUCGUUCAGAAGCACGCGUAGUGCACGAAGCUACGCCUCCGGGAAUCGCAGAACUGGAGCUGGAGUGUACGAUCUGACCAACUUGAGCCCCACUCAGGAUUCGUACACCCUUCCCAGCUCCCCGAGGUCCCUCCCUCCAAGCCCGGUCGUACUGACUAAGCCUGAACUCAGUCGGAGCGUCGAUGGAAAGAUUUAUCAAGCUUUUGUUGAACCUAUUUCCUUGGUUAACUCGAGAGAUUCUUCGAGGACUUUGGACGAUGAUCGAUUGCCCCCUGUUUGA